CUUUCUUUUUUUUUUUCUUUUUUCUUUUUUUUUCAUCAAUACUUAUUAUCAUAUGCCAUCAAAAACUACACCUACGACUAUUGAACCAUCUUCAUUAUUAAAUCAAUGUAUAGAUGAUCAAUCCAUACAAUUAGUUUCAAUCCUUGGCAUUGGAGCUUAUGGUAUCGUUUAUCUUGGACAACAUAUUCGAACACAACGAAAAUAUGCAGUGAAAUUAUUGACCAACACCAAAGUCAGUUGUGGCGAAAUUGCAAUUCAUUCACAUUUAUCGAAUCAUCCGAACAUUCUGACGUUUGAAAAAGUGAUUCAUGAACGCGAUUUAACAUUUAUCUUAUUGGAAUAUGCUCCUGAUGGAGAUUUAUUUGCUUCUAUCACUCAUCCUACUCAUGGUUUGGUUGGUAAUAAUAAUGCUAUUCGAUAUAUCUUUUUACAAAUCUUGGAUGCUGUUGAAUAUUGUCAUCAACGAGGUGUAGCUCAUCGUGAUCUCAAACCUGAAAACAUUCUUAUGUUUCCUCAUUGGAAGGUGAAAUUAGCUGAUUUUGGUUUGGCCACUUGUCAAUCAGUUUCCGCAGAAUUUGGAUGUGGUUCUACUUUUUAUUUCUCUCCAGAAUGUCAAAGUGGGAUGAUUCGUAAUAAUCAACGCAUCAAGGGUUACAGUACUCAACAAAACGAUAUUUGGAGUCUGGGGGUCAUUUUAAUCAACUUUGCCGCUGGUCGGAACCCUUGGAAACAAGCUAAUAUGCAAGAUGCUACCUUUGCCGCAUAUGUUCAAAAACCAAGACAUUUUUUCCGACGCAUCUUACCUGAUAUCUCUGAUGAAUUGGAUAGAAUCUUGGGUCGUAUCUUUUGUCUGGAUCCAGCUUUACGUAUCUCUUUACCUGAACUUCGUUUACGGAUCUUGAAAUGUCAAUCAUUCACUCGACAAGGUUAUACUGAUGAAAACACUCAUUUGACGGGUACUCCUAAAUCACGGCCAACUCCACCAUCAACACCACAGACUACUCCUUCUCACCCUUCACCUAUC